CAGCUCUGUAGGAGGUUCUGUACGUGGCAGCGACUGAAACCCCUCUCUGUCCUAUUCAUAACCCCGGGGUGUCGAGUGAAAUUGCGUUCAGAAACCAAGUGUGACGGUACUCUGAAAAACCCUAGAGAACAAAGGUUACUGAAAAAGACAGAAUGAGGAAGUCCUUAUUUUUCAUGUCCUGGGCUCUGCUCUGCUGUUGCUGGACCACACACGCAGAGAUCUUCACCUCCAUAGGCCAAAUGACAGACCUGAUCUACACAGAAAAGGAGCUGGUCCAGUCUCUGAGGGACUACAUAAAAGCAGAGGAGUCCAAACUUGCCGCAGUCAAAAGCUGGGCCAGUAAACUGGAUGCUCUGACCAGAGUGUCCACCUCUGACCCAGAAGGCUAUCUCGCACACCCAGUAAACGCCUACAAACUGAUGAAGAGACUCAACACAGAGUGGUCUGAACUGGAGAGCCUGGUACUUCAGAACCCCUCUGAUGGGUUCAUUUCCAACAUGUCCAUACACAGACAGUACUUCCCAGAUGAGGAAGACGAGACGGGUGCAGCCAAGGCAUUGAUGCGUCUUCAGGACACGUACCAACUGGAUUCUGAGACCUUCUCAAGAGGAAAGCUGCCAGGUACGCACUCCAGUGCCAUGCUGACAGUAGACGACUGCUUCGACAUGGGGAAGACGGCUUACAACGAUGCAGAUUAUUAUCAUGCUGUGCUGUGGAUGCAGCAGUCUUUGAGGCAGCUGGAUGCCGGCGAGGAAGCUGUGGUUUCCAAGUCGGACAUUCUGGACUACCUCAGCUACUCUGUUUACCAAAUGGGAGACCUGCCUCGAGCCAUUGAGCUGACACGCCGGCUGGUGGCUAUUGAUCCUAGCCACCAGAGGGCAGGAGGAAACCUCCGUUAUUUUGAACGCUUAAUGUUCAAGCAGCUCAAUGAGCUGAACCAGGCCUACCAGCCUUCCUCUGAGGAGCCCAUCCAGCUGGGAACCUACAGCAGACCUAAAGACCAUCUUCCAGAAAGAGAGGCCUAUGAAGCCCUCUGCAGAGGAGAGGGGGUCCAAAUGAAUGAAAGGAGGCGCAGCCAUUUGUUCUGUCGCUACCAAGAUGGUAACAGGAACCCUCGUCUCCUGCUGAAGCCCAUCAUGGAGGAGGAUGAGUGGGACAGCCCCCACAUCGUACGCUACCUGGAAGUCCUGUCACACGAGGAGAUUGAGAAGAUUAAAGAGCUUGCUAAACCCAGGCUUGCCAGAGCCACUGUCCGUGAUCCCAAAACAGGCGUCCUGACCACAGCCAACUACAGAGUAUCAAAAAGUGCAUGGUUGGAAGGAGAGGAUGACCCCGUCAUUGCCAGAGUCAAUCAGAGAAUAGAAGACAUCACAGGCCUUACAGUUGAUACUGCAGAGUUACUUCAGGUUGCUAACUAUGGAGUAGGAGGACAGUACGAACCACAUUAUGACUUCUCAAGGCGUCCUUUUGACAGCAACCUCAAGGUCGAUGGAAAUAGACUUGCUACCUUCCUAAACUACAAAGAUGAGCCUGAUGCUUUCAAAAGAUUAGGCACUGGAAAUCGUGUGGCAACUUUUUUGAACUACAUGAGUGAUGUCAAGGCGGGAGGUGCCACUGUCUUCCCUGAUUUUGGAGCAGCAAUCUGGCCCAGAAAGGGAACGGCAGUGUUUUGGUAUAAUCUGUUCAAGAGCGGGGAGGGAGACUAUAGAACCAGACAUGCUGCCUGUCCUGUCUUAGUAGGAAGUAAAUGGGUGUCAAACAAGUGGUUGCAUGAACGAGGACAAGAGUUCAGGAGACCCUGUGGCCUGACAGAAGUGGACUGAAGUUUGACCCUCAUCCAAGGAAUAUACACACACUCAGACACAUACAGAUACAUGCUCUGCAGUGCCUUAUUUCUGGCAAUAAUGCAACUCUCAGACACACUGCACAACAGUUACACAAGUGUUCUCUCCCCCAGCCUUUUUACACAAGUAACAAAUAUUUCAUGAAGAAAUAUCAUUAAAUUAAAUCUAAAAUUAAAUUACUGACAGAUCCAGAUGUAUGAGUCCACUGCCAAAUCUUCCAAUUGAUACCAAAAACUAAUGCUUAUGUGCUUUGGUUCUCAGAUGAACAGUUUGCUUUUGUGCUUUUGUUUUGCUUUUGGUUUGCUUUUUGAACCCAGCUGUAGAUUACCAUAGUAAUUCUAAGGUAUGAACACAUUUUCAAGUCAUUUUUGCAAGUUUUUGAGUAGAAAACCUUUUCAGAAAUUUUUGGCUGCCAAUAAUCAGAAAUGUCAGUUUACAACAUCCAAAGUAAAUCUAUGGGCUGACGCUGGCUUUAUUUAGAGGUUAAUUUCUGAUGCAGUCUAAUACAAACAACUUCACUCUGUGGGUUUUUUUUUUUUUUCAAACAAACAAAUGUGAAAAUAUCAGAAAAAAACAAACAUCCCAAGUCAUCAUCAGUCAAUUACAGACAAAUAGUACUGUGUAUUAGUACUGUAUCUUCAUUACUAACAGCUUUGUGAUUAAGAUCUGACAUUUCCUCCAAAUCAUGUCCAGGACAUUUUUAUUUAUAUAGUGUUUAAGUUAUUACACUGUUGUUACAUUGUGUGCUCUUUCUACAAAAUGGCAAACAAGUAAGUCAAUAAACAGUGUCUUUUAUUAAAA